UGUUAGAAGCGGUUCUGCUGUUUGUUUAGAUCAGACUGGAGACUAAAGUUCUUGAGAUGUUUGAUCAGCAACAGCUUCUGGUUUUUAUCCUUCAGGAGUUCAGCUGCAGAGCGGCGACGGAGAUCUGGAAACACACGAAGAAGAACCGGAACAACACGGAGGAGGAGCUGCAGGCGCUGAUGAAGGAACUCUGUGAGGCUCUGAUGCAGCAGCUGCAGCGGCUGCUGGAAGGAAAACUGCAGCUGCAGGAGAUUAAAGAUGUGGAGCCUCAGUCAGACUCCGCCCCCCCUGCAGCAGAGGAAGACGUGCAGCUGGAGGUGAACAGCCAAUCAGAUGCUCCCAUAGGGGACACUGGCCAAUCAGAGCAGGCUCCUGUGGCGUGCGGUGGGCGGAGCUUCAGCUGCAGCAUCUGCAGCAGCAGCUUCUCCAGACGCUGCAACCUGCAGGCUCACCUGCGCAUCCACAGCAGAGAGCGUCCAUUCAGCUGCAGCGACUGCGGCCGCAGCUUCUCGGCCAGCAGCAGCGUGCGCGUCCACCAGCAGAUGGUUCAUCGCCUGCAGCGACCGCACCGCUGCAGCCACUGUGGGAAGUUGUUUGGUACCCGCAGCCACCUGCAGAUGCAUCAGGCAGCCGCCCGGCAGCCGCUGGUGUGUGCGUCCUGCGGGGAGACGCUGGCGGCGGCGUGCAUCCUCAGGAAGCACCGGCUGACAUGUCUGAAGGCCCGCGAGAAGUUCAGCUGCACAGACUGCGGGAAGGAGUUCUCCAAACGCAGCUACCUGUCGGCGCAUCGCAGAGUCCACCUGAGCCACAAACCCUUCACCUGCUCCACCUGCGGUAAAGGCUUCACGGCGCGUCGCAGCGUCCACGUGCACCAGCUGACGGUGCACCGCGGCCUGAAGCCAUUCAACUGCAGCGUCUGCGGGAAGUCGUUCACCCAGCAGAGCGGCCUCAGAGCGCACCAGCGCACACACAGUGGCGAGCGCCCGCACGUUUGCGAACACUGUGGCCGCAGCUUCUCCAGCAGCAGCAGCCUGACGGUGCAUCAGCGCGUCCACACCGGCGAGAAGGCCUUCAGCUGUGACGUCUGCAGCAAGAACUUCAGCGUGGCGGCUAACCUGCGACGGCAUCGGCUCAUCCACUCGGGUCACCGGGCAUUCAGCUGCAACGUGUGCGGUCGCAGCUUUACGCAGGCCGGACACCUGAAGGUGCACCGCGCGCUGCAUGGCGAAGGCUGGGCCUUCAUCUGCAAUGCCUGCGGGAAGGGCUUCAGACAGCGCAGCGCGCUGCUGGUGCACGAGAGGAGCCACGGUGGCGUCAAACCGUACGGCUGCAGCAACUGUCCCAAAACCUUCUCGUCUUCCAUGUCGCUGCGGCGCCACCAGCAGGUGCACGACAGCCAGAAAGCACACACCUGCCACGAGUGCGGGAAAAGCUUCAGCAGCAGCCAGGUGCUGAAGACUCACCUGCAGCUGCACGCCGGCAGCAAGGCCUUCUCCUGCGACGUGUGUGGGCGGAGCUACAGCUCGCUGAGCUACCUGAAGAUGCACCGCCGCAGCCACUCGGAGGGGAAACUGUUCGGCUGUAGUCAGUGUGACAAGAGCUUCUCCACGCAGACCAGCGCAGCGCUGCACCUGCGCACGCACAGCGGAGAGAAGCCCUUCGUCUGCGAGGUCUGUGGGCGGAGCUUCAGUGUGUCACAGAACCUCGUCAGACACAAACGUGUCCACAGCGGCGAGAAACCGUUCGAAUGCGACGUCUGCGGGAAACGGUUCAGUCAGAACAACAACCUGAAGACACAUCAGCUGGUCCACAGUGGACACAAACCGUUCAGCUGCAACGUCUGCAGCCGCAGCUUCACCGCCAGUAGGAGCCUCAGGGAGCAUCGCUGCAUCAGCUGAUCGUCGCUGCAGGACUCAGGUGACCUGAUUGGUGGUCAGUCAGCCUCAGAACUGACUUUUUUUUACUCUUUUAAUAAAAAGCUGCAAACAUCUGAUUUGUGCGGAGAGGAAAUCCUGUUUCUCCUGCAGGAGGAAAAGUUUCAUCUCUGAAAUAUUUACUGAAUUACUUCAAACGUCCUGAAAUGUUUCUGAUGUUUGUUGAUCCAAUGCAGGAAGAAGCUCACUGCAUUCAUCUUGAAUCAACUCUUCUGUAAAUUAAUUCCACCUGUUUAGUUUGGGUGCUUCAUUUUCUGGAACCUUUUAAAGGUUCUCUCAGUACCUUUUAAAGGAUCAUAGAGAAUGUUUUAAAGGAUCUUAGAGAACGUUUUAAAGGAUCAUAGAGAACGUUUUAAAGUACCUGAUCUGAAAAAUGCAAUUAUUAACGCAUGGGACAGAAUUGAUGAAAAAUUGUUCAUUCAGAGCCAAAAAGGUGCAGAAGUGACUUGCAUUAUGGGAGACGAUAAAUUAAGAAGUUCUGAUCUUUUUGUCACCAUUUUAAAUAAUAUUUAAUCAAAUUUAGCCCUCAAAGGAAAUAUAAAGAACUAUCAAGACUUGAACAAAAAAUGCAUAUUUCGAGUAGUGAAAGGACUCAAAAAAGCUCAAUCUGAAAAUAUCUGAUAUUCUAUAUUUAAAUUUAUACCUGCUCUUAUCUUUAUGCUGUGGACUGUAUAUUGUAUAGGAUUAGACUUUGCUUGUUCCAUAUUCAGUGUUUCAGUAAGACUUGUUUGGGUCCAUAUAAAAUGUUCAUUGUUUAAUUUGGAGGAAGGUUUUUUUCAAUAAAUGUCAACGUUAGCCCGCGGA